UAACGUCAGAGACCGGGUGGGGUCUAGUUGGAAUUUUGGCGGGCCUGGCUGCAGAAGGGGAAGGCACGGACCGGUGAGAAGCCCGGCCUGGGCGUGUGAGUGGCUCUCGAGCGGCGGGGUAGACGUCCCGCCACGCGCGUCUGUGGUAGAGAGCCAAGAUCCUGCAUUACUGCCAUCUCCUGGGCACCUGGUCCUCCUUGGACGUUCACUGUCGCCAGUGUUCCCUAGACAACAUGGAUGUAGGUGAAGAUGAAUUGUCCCUGCUGACUUCACUACUGGAAGAGAAUGAGUCAGCCUUGGAUUGUCAUUCGGAAGAGAGACACCCUUCCAUCCAGGAUGAUGGUAAACCUGAUACAUUUGAUGAGCUCUUCGAUGCUGAUGGUGACGGUGAAUCUUACACAGAGGAGGCUGAUGAUGGGGAAGUGGAAAAGACUCAAGACCAAAAGGAAAAUUUGGCUACUCUCUUUGGAGAUACGGAGGACUUAUCAGAUGAAGAAGUUCCUGCAUUACAAUCAACUAAAAACAGAGCCCUCCCUGCUCCUGCUCCCAAUCAAGGGAAAACUAAUCAAGAGUUACAAGAUGAGUUAAGGAAGUUGCAAGAGCAAAUGAAGUCCUUACAAGAACAGCUAAAAAUGGCGACAAUUAAACAGCCUGCAAGUCCAGCUUGUCCACAUAAAUCUGCAGAGAAGUCUCCACGCGCCCCUCUUAGAGAGAAGAAAGUUCAGAGAAUUCAGGAGUCAACAUGCUUUUCGGCAGAGCUUGAUGUCCCUACUCUACCAAAAACCAAGCGAGUGGCUCGGACACCGAAAGUUUCACCUGCAGAGCCCAAAAGCUCACCUUCAAAGAUGAUAUGUGCACCCUCCCAACCACUCCGAAUGACGCCUGGGAACAAACCUAGUUGGAUGACUAGAGAUAAGGGUGUGGAGGCCGCCAGAAGUUCUGGGGACAUAGCUCAGCCAGUCUCUGUGGAAGCCUUCUCUGGCCUGAGGCUCAGACGGCCUCGAGUGUCCUCCACAGAAAUGAACAAGAAAAUGACAGGUCGAAAACUGAUCAGACUGUCUCAGCUCAAGGAAAAGAUGGCAAGUGAAAAGCUAGAAGAAGUAGACUGGGUAACAUUUGGGGUUAUACUGAAGAAAGUCACUCCGCAGAGCUGUAACAGUGGGAAAACAUUUAGCAUCUGGCGACUAAAUGAUCUUCGUGACCUGACACGGUAUGUGUCAUUGUUCUUGUUUGGAGAAGUUCACAAAGAACUCUGGAAGACUGAACAGGGUACCGUCAUAGGGCUACUCAAUGCUAACCCCAUGAAGCCCAAGGAUGGUUCAGAGGAGGUGUGCUUAUCUAUUGAUCAUCCUCAAAAGAUCUUAAUUAUGGGUGAAGCUCUUGACCUGGGAACCUGUAAAGCAAAGAAGAAGAAUGGAGAACCAUGUACACAGACUGUUAAUUUGAAGGACUGCGAGUACUGUCAAUAUCACAUCCAGGCCCAGUAUAAGAAACUCAGUGCCAAGCGAGCUGACUUGCAGUCCACCUUCUCCGGAGGACGAAUUCCGAAGAAGUUUGCCAGCAAAGGCAUCAGUCUGAGAGAACGGCUGUGUCAGGAUGGUUUUUACUAUGGAGGGGUUUCUUCAGCAUCAUAUGCAGCCUCAGUUGCAGCAGCUGGUGCUCCUAAAAAGAAGAUUCAAACCACUCUGACUAAUCUGGUCGUGAAGGGCACAGAUUUGAUCAUUCAGGAAACUCAACAAAAACUCGGAAUAGCCCAGAAGAGCUUGUCUUGCUCUGAGGAAUUCAGAGAAUUGAUGGACUUGCCCACAUUUGGAGCCAGAAACUUGAAACAACAUUUAGCCAAAGCCAAAUCAUCAGGGAUCAUGGGAAGCCCAAAACCUGCUUUCCAGUCUAUCUCGGCAUCAGCCCUCCUGAAGCAACAGAAGCAGCUUAUGUUAGAGAUGAGGAAGAGGAAAUCAGAAGAAAUGGAGAAACGAUUUUUACAAAGCUCAAAUGAGGUCUCGAGCCCAGCUGUGCCAUCGUCUUCUCGACAGCCCCCUCCUCGGUCUCCACCAACGGGGGCCGAGUUCCCCAGGCUGGAAGCAACCCCACCCACACCGGUGCCCAAGCUGGGGCGUGGCAUCUCAGAAGGAGAUGAUGUUCUCUUUUUUGAUGAGUCACCACCUCCAAAACCGAAACUGAGUGCUUUAGCAGAAGCCAAAAAGUUAGCUGCUAUAACCAAAUUAAGGGCAAAAGGCCAAAUUCUUUCAAAAACAGACCCAAACAGCAUUAAAAAGAAGAAAAACUACCCCGAGGAUGUCCUGGAAGUGAAGGCACGUGUAGAAAAGAAUACCACAUUCUCUCCGCAAGCUGAGGAUGAAUUGGAGCCUGCCAGGAAAAAAAGGAGAGAACAGCUUGCCUAUCUGGAAUCUGAAGAAUUUCAGAAAAUUCUAAAAGCAAAAUCGAAGCACACAGGGAUCCUAAAGGAGGCCGAGGCUGAGCUGCAAGAACUCUAUUUUGAGCCACUGGUGAAAAAAGAACAAAUGGAAGAAAAGAUGAGAAACAUCAAAGAAGUGAAAUGUCGAGUGGUGACAUGCAAGACGUGUGCCUAUACCCACUUCAAGCCUUUGGAGACCUGCAUCAGCGAGCAGCAUGACUACCAUUGGCACGACGGCAUAAAAAGGUUUUUCAAGUGUCCCUGUGGAAACAGAUGCAUCUCCCUUGACAGGCUUCCCAAAAAGCAUUGCAGUAACUGUGGUCUCUUCAAAUGGGAGCGGGACAGAAUGCUAAAGGAAAAGACAGGUCCAAAAAUAGGAGGAGAAACUCUGUUACCAAGAGGAGAAGAACAUGCCAAAUUCCUAAAUAGCCUUAAAUAGCCCUGACUUCUGACAGAUACCCACAACCUACAUUGCUUCUUGUGGUUUUGGGAAAGCAAGGAUUGGUUCUGUGUGUCCCAGGUUCCUGAUUGACACAGUCAAAACAAGUGCUGGUUAAGCCUACAAGCUUUGCCUACAUACUCCCCUUCAUUGUGUUGAUUAAACACCAAAUUUAACAUUAACCUAUAAUUGGAAAAUCAAGUUAUCUUUUUCUUCUGUGUUCUUAGUACCGAUGGCCACAUUCAUACAAAUUUUUGCCCCAAAACUGUAAGGUAAAUUGAGAUUCUGUGUUUCUUUAUCUCUUGGGUUAUAGAGUGUGCAGUAUCACUUCUUUAUCGCAAUAAAGUUCUGGUUUUUAUAUGGA